AUGGUAUGUCACUAUCAAAGCACUAUAUCCAUCCUUCUUUCUCCUUUCAUCCCAUGUGACAUGUUUCUAACUGAAGUGAAUUUGAAAAAUUAUAGUCUGCUUUUAGGCCCCUCAACGUAAUCGAAGACCAGUCGACCAAACGGGACUUGGAAGAAGAACACACGCGAGAGUUGCAAGUGGAACAAGCGUUUGAGAUUUUCCAUAGAGCAUUGAGAUUGCAAAAAGAGCAGAACCAUGAGCAGGCGUACAAGUCGUACGAGGAGCUCUUUGCCAUUGACAUUAUAGCCAAUCACUAUUUCGAGGAGGUUGAUUGUAUCAAAGGUCUCCAGAAUGGCUCCGCCAACUCCAUCACAGACCAAUUGUCGCUGCUAUCCCAAAGCGUGAAAACAUUGAGGUAUCUCGUGUUUCGAAAUAGAGGAGUCUUGUACUGGACAAUGUUGAAGAGUGAGGACGUUCCGAAAGCACCAGCGGAGGCCGAGAUCGCCUGGGAACAAAAAUCCAAGAGCCUUUUCUACACCAUGGUCGAUGACUUUUGCAUAGCACUUUUGUAUGGAGAGGCCGACGAAAAGCUUUUGGACAUCUUGUAUCAAGUUUUCACUUUUGUUGGCAGCUUGAAGCUAGCAAGAGGCGUGUUGGAAUACACGGCAAGCAGUAGGAGUGAAAGCGACGACUUGUCGGGCCUAUUACCAUUGGAUUCAGUGGACAAGGUCAGGCUAAAAAAGUUGAGGGCAGCGCUCAGUUAUUCGAAAACAAAAAGAGAAAACACUAACGGAGCCGCAAUAAAACCAUUGCAAGCAUAUCCGGCACUCAAGAGAAUCAAGAAUGAAUUUGAAAUUCUAGCCCUUCAACGCGGAUUCAAAAACACCUUGAACAUAAAAAUCACCAGCGCCGGGAAAUCACUCGUUUGGUUGGAUGUCUUGGAGACCUUGGAUGCAGUAGUGGAAGAACUGCAGGAUGAAACGAAAAUUGAAGAUGUGCUGAAGCUCAAGCUUCGACAUUUUGAUCCGUACCAACUAAGUGAACUGCCGGUUGAUAGAACCACGAUUGACGUUGAAGCUCUUGUCGAUGCCUCGUUUUCAAAGUCACCACAGAUAGUAGACACAACUGAGGAGCUGGACUUGCUCGAGAAACAAACUAACAUAGAUCCAAACGCAAAGAAAAAUGAAGAAGAAUCAGAAAAACUAGAGGAUCCGAAAAAAUCAAAAGAAUCGAAAGAAUCAGAGGAACAAAAAAAACCAGAGGAACAAAAAGAAUCAGAGGAGCCAAAAGAACUAAGAGAGCUUCAAAAUAUCGAGGUAGAGCAGAGUGGACCCCAGCAAUUCACAGAGAUUAACGAACAAAAGAGGCAGCAGCAGCAGCAGCAAUUGCACCGGGCAUCAAAGCGUCUUGCAAGAGUUGAGGCUGAGUCUGUGAGUUCAGCAAUAGUUGUAGAGAAACACCAUUUUGCUGGCUUGGAUUACUUCAUAAAAAAACUCAGCGGGCUUCUUGGUGGUGAAUUCAGAAUAGGAGACAUUUCUUCAAUGUAUUUCCAACAAGUUGAAGAUUCAAAAAGCUCUUAUGCCAUCGAUUUUUUGCAAAUGGCGCGCGGCUGGAAAAAGUCGUAUACAACGGCCCUUCAAAGCUUCACUAGUGUGAAUACAAAAUCUUCAAACGACAAUGUAAAGUUGCUAGAGCUCUUGAACAAGUUUAGCAACAAGAUGGAAACAGACUCCCAGACCUCGGUGUUGCCCCAGUUGAACGAUGUGGAGGAGAAUGAACUCAUACUUUCUGUGAUUACAGGAAACUAUGAUUAUAUGGGGUUGAAAUCGAGGAUAUUGAAACAUCUCUUUGGAUCAAAGAGCCAGUUACACUUAUGUUCCAAAUGGACAACGGAAAUGUACUCCAAGGCCGCUGCCUGGAUCCACCAAAUUGAUCACUUUCUAUUGCAGUCACUUCAGGGCACAAUCGACGACAUGGCAUUCGCCGUGAGCGUUUGCGAAGUCUUGGUAGACGACUCCAUCAACAUGCGCUCCCAAAUCAAGGAUCUUUUAUCGUUGAAAAAAAUCAACAAAGCAGCUGUAAAUGCAAUGUGCCAAGAUUUGCUAAGAUUGAAUGACAAGAUUCAACGGUGGUUAAACUUUGUCACAGAAGGCCUUGCUUCAACAACAGCAAGAGAAAAAGAUGACGACUCAGAAUCCUGGUUCCAUCUUUACACUAGAUUUAGCUGGUGCAAGAUUGUUCUUUUAAAGUCUCAAACCACUUCCUGGAACGAGGAUCGAAUCGUCAAGGCGUCCUUGCAAGAGCUACUUCAACGCGUGAAAGCUAACUCUUAUUCAUUGGAGAUAAGCUACCCCAACUAUAGCAAUUUCCCCGUGUUGUCCACGGAGAAUAUCAAAACCCAAUUGAUGGUUGUGUCCGUUCUUGCAAUCUUUUCGCAGAUUAUAUUCGCGUCACCCUCGGAUGACAACACGAAUGCGAUAAAACUCUUGGAGGACAUCCUCAUGGAUCUGGAUCGAGAAAAAGACGAGGCAAUUUUAUCGAUUAAAAGCUUUUUGCAGUCCAAUUCGGUGGACCUCAGCUUGAGCUUAUGGAACAUCUUGUUGCAGUUUUACAAGCUGGCGGGCCUAUACGACGAAUUCGUGGAUGCUUUUGUAGCGAGUUUGCGUGUUUUCAACAGCUACAUGAAGAGUGAAAAGUACCAACUUGCAGAUACAUCUAAUAGGCUAGACUCGAUGUGCAGGAUUGUCGGAUUUUAUAACCACGGCUUGAGAUUGGUCGUCGAGAUCCUCGAGCAAAACGACUGGCGUUUGCAAAAAAAAUCAAUACCCUUUGAUGUAAUUGAGCCUUUGUUUGAGAUUUGCUUGUUGUUUGAAAUCCAUGAAGAAGCUUCGAGCAUCUCCUCGCUCAAUACUUCAAUCCGUGAAACAUCAGCGCAAGCUUAUGAUUUGCUCAAGGAGAUGUUCCUCAAGGCUACCGUUUUAAUUCUCGCAAAUAUCAGAGAAUCCCGAGAGCCUCAAAUCUUGCACGAGGCUGUAAAAUUGUUCCACGCGCAACUUGGAGCUAGUGGAAUCUGCGACUCAGCCGGUGGCAUAUUUCUCAAGGCAUCUCAGGAGUAUCUCAAUAACAUAGAGAAUGCGGAAAAAGAUAUUAGCCAGUUGAUCAAAUGCAGGUACCACUAUACCAUUGCAUUGGACGACUUUACUCCAUUCGAGCAUGAUACGCAAGAGAAGGAAACUUUGCUGGUUGCCGGCUGCGAGGAUUUGGCCAGGUUUGUGUUGCCUCUAUGCUUUGCCACCAACACCGUCAAGAACGCGCCCAAACAGGACAUGAAGAUUCUCAUUGAAGAAAUGUACGAAGUGAUUGGAGACCCCGAUUUUGAGAAAGAUCACAUCCUCAAUCGAAACAAGGCGUGCAUGGAGCAUUUUUUGGACACUACUCGUCUCACCCCAAGGUUUAUACGUAAUGCCUUUUACGGUCUAGUCCAAAUUGACCUUGACGAAACAGAGUCCAAAAUAGCCGCGAGUGGACUCUAUUACUUGCAGGGACUUUUGAUCUUUUCGUCGUACAAAUUGCGCAAAAAGAACAUGCAAGGCCGAGCCGUUGAAAUUGAAAACGCCAUCUCGUUGUUCACGUAUGACUUGAUUUAUGGAAGCAACAGGUUGGAGAGCUGGCUUCUUAUGGCGCAAGCGUACGGCUAUUUGGUGGAGGAUGACUUGAUUUGGACGUCAGACAAGUUGACAGUUUUUGACAGGAAAAUAGGCACGGCAAACUUGCAGCGCAAGUCCUUGAUAUGCUACCUCAUGGCGAUCAACUGCAUCCAGGAAGAUGCCAAUCAACAGAAAUUGAAGCCGAUAGUUGCCAUGCUCAUGUCCUCAUUCGCGAAAGCGCUAUUUGGAGCAAUCAUGCCACCGAUGGACAUGCUUGCCUUUAGAGUCCAGUGCCAGCCCAGGUUCAUCAACGGUCCAUCGGGGGCCUCAUUCUCAAACGCAGCCGAAAGCCCCGCGUCGUCAAAACUGUUUUGCCUCAGGAUUGCCAAGCAGUCCUUCCAUCUAGCCCUCAAAUCCGGGGAAAAACUGUGGACCGACUACUACUAUCUUUCGAAAGUGCAGCGGAAAUCGGGCGACUCGCCAAAGUUGGUGCUCGAGACGAUGAACAAAUCGUGCAAGGUUGCCGCGCUGCUCAAGGUGCCCGAGACAAUCAUCGAGCCCCACUACUGCAUGAUAUCUUUGUGCUUGAAGUAUGUCAAGAGCAGGCAGCUCAGUACUGCUGCAGCGUACAAGUAUUUGAGAAAGAAUCCCAUACUUCAUCUUGAUAACUUUGCCGCAUCUUUCAAAGAUGAUGGUGAUAUUGAUCAUGACGAUUUUAUUGGCAUAAUUGUUACUGCGCUCCACCAGGUGGACGCUGCAGAUCGAAAGAAUUGGCAGCAUAAAGCAAAGUUUAAACUUUCGCGUGUUUUGUUUGAAGAGAAAGGUGACAUUGACGGGGCUAUGAAGAUUAUGUCCGAUUUUAUAUCCCUAAAGUCCACUAAUAAGCAGCUCGUGCUGAUUUGGAAACCUGAAUUCGAAAGGCCAGGAAAACACUUUAUCUACACUUAUCAAUACAUCAGGUUCUACAUUGAAUUGUUGGACCGCAAGAGAGAUGUCAACAGCUUGAUCAUGAUGAUGCCGAAACUAAGGAGAUCGAGCUCGAUAAUGGUUAAUUUAUACAAUGCAUGGGAAUUGUUGUGCUCGUUGACGAGCAAGCUCAUAAGAAGUGCAUUUGGCCUUGGAGACUCUUUUGCAUUCACUGACGGAUACAUCAACGGCUUGCCCUUUCUGACAUUUUCCUCAAAUACGAGAUCAAUGUUGGAAACACUUCAAAAAUCAGGCGUACCCAAGGAGUUGGAGUUCCAUUUGUGUCUUUUGUUUGCCUUGAACGAUAUGAGGAAACUCAACAACGGAUACGGCCCCACUUCUUUAAUCGAUGACACGGUGAUAAGCAUGUUUUUCAAGAUUUAUGAGCACUUUAACAAAGGCAAUCAUUUCCAGGCGACGCUCGCUUCGCCAAAUCCAAAGCGGAAAAUAGCCAGGAAAGACAUAUUUCCAUUUACGACGGAAAUAGUGAAACAUUCUCGAAGAGAUGUGGAGGAGAUGAUUAAAAACGAUCCUGAAAUCUACAAUCAUAUUUUGGAGCAGCUCUUGUUGGAACAAAACUCUACUACGGAGCAAAACGGGGGAGAUUCGGAAAAAUUCCCGGAACUGUUGGAAGAUGAAAAUGAUGAAACAUGUUUGGCCAGUGUUGCCCAUGAGCUGCCCCUGACUCCACCCAACGAGUCUGUGGCAGCGGACCGUGAGGUUGUUGCACAAACACCACCAACAAACAUCGUGGACAAUGAUGACAAAGAUGAAAAUGACAAAGAUGAAGAUCACAAAGACAAAGACAAAGACAAAGACAAAGACAAAGAGGAAGUCCAAACACUAGACAAGAAGUCGAAUGAGCUCAAGCUGGCCGAGAACACGGGAUCUAACGAUCUGGAGUCCUUGAAGGUGUCGGAACUCAUCGACGCAGAGAAUCAGAACGAGAAUCAGAACGAGAAUACAGGGGAAGCCAUUGCCAAAGAGGGGCAAUUAAACGGUGAUGAGUUGCCACUAAACAAAGUGGAAGGCAACGAACCAAGUGGACGCGAGUCCGACUCGACAAAGGAGAACAGCAGGAAAAGAAGCUCAGAGACAAUUGCUGAACGACCUGCUUGUCGAACCUCGGCAUUUAAUCUGACCGGUGACCACAUAACUAUCAUCAUUAGCGAUUCCGACGAAGAGCAGGACCUGGACCCUAUCACCAUCAAAAAACGCAAAAAAAGUAGCUGA